GGGUGUUUCGUCCAACAUCAAUCCAUCACACCACUCCCGCCAAAUGGUGGGGCCCCAAGGCCGUCGCAACCGUCGAAGAGCUAAAAUCGUGUGAAAUUCAGGACGACCUUUUUUUUUUCAAGGCAUUUUUUUGAAUGGAGAAUCUUGUUCAAUUCUACUUAUUUUUUCUGCACAUUUUUUUGGUUUCCUCCCUGUCCUUCUUUGUCUGCGCAGUUCCCAGCUGCCAGCCCUUUCAAAACCAAGAACAAAAAACUCCAUUUCUUAUGCUCGCUUUUAUAACAUGAUAUACACCUGAAUUUAAACACUCAACGUCCCCUUAGUACUAGGCACCUCCCCCUCCUUCCCAGCAACCCUCGAAAUAGCCUCCCUAAUCGCCACCGCCAGCGCCUUGAACGCGCUCUCGGCCCUGUGGUGGUCAUUAUCCCCCCUAAUCACAUCCACAUGCAGCGUGAUGCGCGCCGCCUGCGCGAAGCUUUGCAUGCAGUGAGGGAUCAUCUCGGUGCUCAGAUCCCCAAUCUUCUCGCGCUUGAGUCCCAAGUCGAUAACGCUGUGCGGUCUGUUAGAGAUGUCGACCACGGCUCUGCUGAGGGCCUCGUCGAGGGGGCAGUAGGCGAAGCCGAAGCGCUUGAUGCCGACGGGGGUGCCGAGGGCUUGGGCAAAGGCGUAUCCGAGGGCGAUGCAGACGUCUUCGGCCGUGUGGUGGUCAUCGACUGUUUUGAAACAUUUUAAAAUCAGAAAAAGUUCCCUUUGAGUAGGGGGGGGGUGACUAACUGUGCAAAUCACCCUUGCAGUUCAGCGCCAGACUCCAGCCCGCAUGCUUGGACAGGGCGUGAAGCAUGUGGUCCAAGAAACCAAUGCCGGUGUUGAUGCUGAUGGUCUGCGACUUGCUCGUCUGGCUGGCGUGGUCCUGGCCCUUGAAGAGACGGGCGUCGGUGUCUGGGUGGAAGCGCCCGCCGUCGAGAUUCAGCGAAAGCUGGAUCUUGGUCUCGUUGGUGUCGCGCGCAAAAGCGGCCCAGCGGGGAGGGUGUUCAGCAGUAGCCAUUUUGUGAUCGGUUGUAUACUUUCUUACUCGAAAAAAGACCCUUGUAAAUGCCUACUUUCAAGUGUUGCCGCGAAUACCUUCUACUUCCGCGAGCGCAACCAAGUCGAUGACUGACCAACAAACCGAUAAGAUAAAUCCCAGCUAAAUUAACCCCGCCAAAAAUUCCAACGAACGAACUUCCCGCCACUUUUUCAACCAUUUUUGCCUGCCGGAACACCCCCCUGUUCUCCAACCCAUCAAACCGAUAAGCAACCUCCCCCAGCUCCGAUAAGGCCCUGCCCAUGCUCUCAAUUCCAAAAAUUUCCAGACCACCUUUGUGCCCUGCGCGCAUCAUCACCACCACCACCACCACCGACAAAUCCAUUCCCUACCAACCAACCCCCCCCAAUUCACCAACCCCCCGACAAUAACAAUGGCACCAACCCGAACAAUAAAAAACAAACACGCCGCCGGCUCCAAAUCUUCCUCCUCCUCUUCCGGCCCAAAACGAUCCUCUUCAUCCGGCGUGAAGAAACCCUCAGGCGGCAAGGGUGCCCCCAAAGGCAAAAUCCCCUCCAAAGAACAAAAGUCCAAACCCAACUUCGGCCAAGACCGCAAAAAGAAACCCCGCGUCUACACCGAAAAAGAGCUAGGGAUACCAGAGCUGAAUAUGAUCACCCCCGUUGGGGUGACCAAGCCCAAAGGGAAGAAGAAGGGGAAGGUUUUUGUUGAUGAUAGGGAAUCAAUGUCCACAAUCCUAGCCAUAGUCCAAGCCGAGAAAGAAGGCCAGAUCGAGUCCAAGUUAAUCAAGGCCCGCCAAAUGGAGGAGAUUCGCGAGGCGCGCAAAGCAGAGGCGGAGAAGAAGGAGCAGGAGAGGAAGGCUAAGCUGGAUGAGACGAAGGAGUUGAUGAGGAAGAAGAGGAAGAGGGGUGAUGGGGAGAAGACGAAAAAGGAGGAUGAGGAGGAGGAUAAGAUUGUCAAGGAGGCUGUUUUGAGGGGUACCAAGGCGGGGAGGACGAAGAAGAAGAGUGUUUCUUUUGCGGCCGAGUAGGGGGGGUAAUGAUGGAGGGGUGUGUGUUUCUUUUAUCGGCAUAUGGAUGGGAAUUAUAUGGCGGGCGUUAUGAUGGCGUUUUUUUUCUUUGGGGGGGAGAGACAAGGGGUGGACAAAAUCGGGAUGCAUUUUUGAAGUUUUCGUUGACUAUUGAGAGAUACCAAUGGAUGGAAGAAUGGCAAGAGUGCGGUCAUCUUUUUACUUUGCUGAGUAUGUAUGAAUGGAGCUCGCAGGGAAGGUGUAUAUAUGCCUGCCUUGUAUUGAGAAAUAAUACCUGACUUGAAGGCGUUAUCCUCACAAGAGACGCGCCCAAGAACCACCC